UUCUGUUCGACGUAAGUCAAAACAUCACUGCCCUUUUAGAUAUUCAUUCUUCUGUCUCUCUCUCUUUUUCUUUCCCCUCCUAGAACCAUCAUUUUUCAUAUCUGAUAACACCAUUUCUUUGUCUUCAAGGAAUCUAUCCUUCACAUUUUUUUAUAUUCUUUUGUUGCAUGCAGUUUGUUUUUCCAUCUUGUUUUUGUGUAGCGAGAUUUUAAGUUACAAUUUUGCUCGAUACCAAGUUAAUUCUCUCCACGACCCUCUGUGUGUAUGUAUAUAACGAGCAGAACUUAUCGAAAGAGAUCCAUACAAGUUCUUGUUGGAGGAAAGAUGGUUAAAUCUGUAAAUCAUUCAGAGCAUCUUAUAAACCAACCAAUCGGAAUGGAAGAAUCCCCUGAUCCACCAUUUCAAGAAAAAUACAAAAACCUCUUCAACGGUUCGGCUGACAUAGAAUUAGGAAAGAAUUCGGAGGAGUUACUCGUCGUCGAGGAACGUGAACUUCCAUUGAUUGAUCUCAACAUGUUAAACCUCGGAGAUUCCGAGAGAGAGGCAUGCAAGAGACAGAUAGCUGAAGCUUCCCAAGAAUGGGGUUUUUUUCAAGUUGUAAACCACGGAAUUUCUAGCCAAGUAUUGGAGAAAAUGAGAGAAGAACAAAUGAAGGCGUUUAAGAAGCCAUUCCACGAGAAGACGAAUGGCAAGGAUUUGAAGUUCUCGACUGGGAGUUACAUUUGGGGGACACCAUCGCCGAAUUGCCUCAAGCAGUUCUCUUGGUCAGAAGCUUAUCAUGUGUCUUUGAGUGAUAUCUUGGGUUGUGGUGGCCACUGCACUCUGAGCUCAACAAUGGAACAAUUUGCAGCACAAGUGUCUGAGCUAGCACAAAAGUUGGCAGAAAUUUUAGCAGAGAAAUUGGGACGAAAUUACUCAACAUUCUUCAAAGAAACUUGUUUGCAAAACACAUGCUUUAUUCGAAUGAACAGAUAUCCAGCAUGCCCUAUUUCACCUGAAAUGUUUGGGCUAAUGCCACAUACUGAUAGCGAUUUCCUCACAAUAUUGCACCAAGAUCACGUUGGAGGCUUGCAAUUAGUCAAAGAUGGGAAAUGGAUUGCUGUUAAACCCAAUCCAGAGGCUCUCAUUAUCAACAUCGGAGACUUGUUUCAGGUUUGGAGCAACAACGUGUAUAAAAGCGUAAACCACCGCGUUGUGGCUAAUAAGCUGAAAGAGAGGUACUCGACUGCCUACUUCCUGUGUCCGUCUUACGACACUGUUAUACAGAGUUGUGUUGAACCUUCUGCCUAUAGAAGAUUUAGCUUCAGAGAAUACAGACAACAAGUUCAAAAGGAUGUUAGAAGUCUUGGUUAUAAAGUGGGACUUUCAAGGUUUCUUGUAUGAAAUAAUUAGAGGCGGGAAAGGGAAGUUAUAUAGGGUGAGAUCAUGUAGAAUAUAGACAUGGUAAUUAUAGUUAUGUAUAAAAUUUUCAACAGAAAAGAAUUUACUGGAUGAUAAGUCUUUCA